AUGGCGUCCUCGGAGCAAGGCGGAUACUCUCCCAUCUACCCUGUCCGAGAUGUCCUCCCAGACCCAGCGAUCCGGACCUUUCUCACCAAUUUUUACCGCAUCUCCGACGACCCGGCCUCCAACGAGCUGUGGGUGGGCCACUUUACCAACGACGCCCAGGUCACAAUGGGCAACGACACGGGCCGCGGCCUGCCAGCGAUUCGAGAGCUCCGCGGCAGAAUGUGGAACGUCGUGGCGGAGCGCAGACACACGGUGCACAAGGUGUUCCCGGCCAGCUUCCAGGACGAGCAUGGUGCGGCGUGCGAGUGCAUGCUGUUUGGCGACGUGCACCUCAAGACCAGGGAGGGGCAGGCGCUUGUCGUGCCGUGGGCGGGACAUGCUACUCUUGCCAGGGUUGUGGACGGUUCGAAAGAGGAGUGGAAAUUUUCGCAAUAUCGAGUUUGGCUUCAGAGGUGA